AUGUCAAAUCACAUUGUAUCCUUUCUUGUAAUCUCUAAAUGGGCUCUUGAUUUCUUAAUCAACCAUUUGUUUUUCCACCAUCGCAAGUUCCACCUGCAGGAAACCUGUGAAGGGCAUGGAAUCAAGUGGUUCAAUGGAAGAAAACCAGCUUCAUAUGAUGAAGAGGUAGAGUGUGCAGUGUGCUUGAACAAAAUCGAAGAUGAUGAUGAGACUAGAGAGUUGAGAUGUAAUCACCACUUCCACAAAAAUUGCUUGGAUAGCUGGCUUGCACAUAGACAUACAACGUGCCCUCUUUGCCGUGAUAAUUUGAUGCUCCCACCAAAGAUUAACUAUGAUUAUUUUUUUUGCAAUAUGGUUAUUUUCUGA